AUGUUUCUAUCUAGCAGCCAUAAGCGAAGUAAAAGCUUAAAACGACUCACAAAGACCAAGAUAUCGACACCUAUAUCGACGCUACCUACUCAACUAGACGUACCAAAAAAGAUCAUUAAAGCUCUCUACGAUUACCGAGCUCAGGGUCCACAUGAGCUGUCAUUUCGUAAAGGCGACUUUUUUCAUGUCAUUGGAAGAGAAAAUGAUACAGAAUGGUAUGAAGCCAGUAACCCAGCAACAGACACAAGAGGUAUUGUGCCUGUCUCUUACUUCCAGGUGAUUGAGAGAACUGGUUCAAGACCCAUGUCGUUGUCGUCGUCGUCAACAAGUAGCACUGAAGAUCAUAAACAGAAACGAGUCUAUGGAGUUGUCAUGUAUGACUUUACGGCCGAGAGACCCGAUGAAUUAAGCGCCCAGGCUGGCGAAUCCAUUGUCAUUAUCGCACAAUCCACAAAGGAUUGGUAUGUUGCUAAACCCAUCAGCAGACUCGGCGGCCCUGGACUGAUUCCUGUCUCGUUUGUACAGGUCAGAGACGCACAAACCGGCCAGGCUAUCGAGUCAGUACAACUACCGCCUGUAGAGGAUUGGAAAAAGAUGACACAGCUGUAUGAGGCUUCAAGUAUACCGCUGGGCGUGAUUGAACAAAAGAAGAAAGAUAGCGUCGUCUUUGCUCAGAUCAAUUCGUUUAUUCUUGAAGGAGGCCAAUAUUGGUUUGUUCUGUACGCUAAAACAGCUCGUGGGAUGCAUCGGAUCCUAUAUCGUCUUUAUGAUGACUUUUACGAUUUUCAGCUUCAUCUAUUGAAAACUUACCCGGUAGAAGCAGGGCAGGGCGAUAGAGAACGAAUUUUACCUUAUAUGCCAGGGCCUCUGAAGGAAGUAGAUGAUAAAGUGACAGCUGAGAGACAAGCGGAUUUAAACAGAUACUGUAAGGAGUUGCUCGGUCUUCCAAAAUAUUUGUCUGAAUGCGAUCUCGUCCAAAACCAACUCUUUGGAAUUCAUGAAGGUGAUAUAGAAUUAGACUACGACCCGAGAGCAACACGUCAUUCGAAUGAAGAUCAUGUCAAGGUCAAGAUUAUCCAUAAAGAUGAUAUUUUUGCCAUUAAAAUGCCUGUAGACAGUACACUAGAUCAUUUACGAUCCAAGGUCUUUGAACGUAUUGGAUUCGAAGUCAAAAUGUGCUAUAAAGAUGAAACAACUGGAAAGAAUAUGCCUCUGGAAGGCGAAUUAGAUAUGGAAGAAGCCUUUGUGCAGGCAAUACAAAGGGGGAAAUUAACCAUUAUCACAAAUUAA